GACAAGACAGACAGACAGACAGACUGGGAGGCUGGACAGAAGGGUCUGGUUUCUUGAGGCAGCUGGAGGUCCUGGAAGUCUGAGUCCCACCUUGAGAGCUCUCUGCACAGGCAAUGUGCACCCAGGCUCCAGCGGGCAGAGAGCAUCUGGAAGAGACGAGGCACCCCACUGUCCACAUUCUUCCAGGCCCAGAAGGAGUGACUGCACCCAGGGCCUCUUCCUCAAGCAGGACAGAAAGCUGCCAAUCACUGCUCCCUCCACUCCUGUGAGGACACCGACUUCUAACCAGACCUUGCUGGGCUGCCUCCCCAUCAUGCCAGGCAGGCUCAGCCUCCCCGCACUCUGCUUCUUCCUUCUCCCUUGGGCCUUCACCAUCUGGCACAGAGCCCUGGGGGACCCAGCACCCCACCCUGGCCCCCACUACCUCCUGCCCCCCAUCCACGAAGUCAUUCACUCUCGUCGUGGGGCCACGGCCACGCUGCCCUGCGUCCUGGGUGCCCCGCCUCCCAGUUAUAAGGUGCGCUGGAGCAAAGUGGAGCCUGGGGAGCUCCAGGAAACGCCGGUCCUCAUCACCAAUGGACUGCAAGCCAGGGGCUACGGGCCCCUGGGGGGGCGUGCCAGGAUGCGGAGGGGGCAUCGGCUAGACGCCUCCCUGGUCAUCGCCAGCGUGCACCUGGAGGACGAGGGCAGGUACCGCUGUGAGCUCAUCAACGGCAUCGAGGAUGAGAGCGUGGCGCUGACUCUGCGCCUGGAGGGUGUGGUGUUUCCGUACCAGCCCAGCCGGGGCCGGUACCAGUUCAAUUACUACGAGGCGAAGCAGGCGUGCGAAGAGCAGGACGGACGCCUGGCCACCUACGCCCAGCUGUACCAGGCGUGGACGGAGGGUUUGGACUGGUGUAACGCGGGAUGGCUGCUCGAGGGCUCCGUGCGCUACCCUGUGCUCACGGCGCGCGCUCCGUGCGGAGGCCGAGGUCGGCCAGGGAUCCGCAGCUACGGGCCCCGCGACCAGAAGCGCGACCGCUACGACGCCUUCUGCUUCACCUCCGCUCUGGCGGGCCACGUGUUCUUCGUGCCCGGGCGGCUGACGCUGUCUGAAGCCCACGCGGCGUGCCGGCGGCGUGGGGCCCUGGUGGCCAAGGUCGGGCACCUCUACGCCGCCUGGAAGUUCUCGGGGCUGGACCAGUGCGACGGCGGCUGGCUGGCUGACGGCAGCGUGCGCUUCCCCAUCACCACGCCGCGGCCGCGCUGCGGGGGCCUCCCUGAUCCCGGAGUGCGCAGCUUUGGCUUCCCCAGACCCCAGCAGGCGGCCUACGGGACCUACUGCUACUCCGAAUAGCGGCCCACUGCACCCCCUCGGCGUGCGCGACAAAGCCUGCGAGUCCGGCAAUAAAAUAACUUGAGGACUCUGUGUUGGGCGAAGCUGUAAGCGCGGCGAGGCAUGGCGGGUGAGACGGAUGACCUUGGACUCAGCGUGCUGACUGUGCCCCAAGAAGACAAAGUAAGAGGAGGAGCUGUUGCCGCUGGGGAGUGGGAAUUGCGAGGAGAGGGCAACAAAAGGUCGAGGGAGACUUGGAAGCACCAUCGUCAGCCUGGCGGCGGAGUGACGCCAGAGAACUCAGGAUGGUGUUACGCCAGGCGCCACGAGGGGGCGCCACACACCAAAGCUUAGUUCAAAUCUGCCAGGAGAAAAGCCCCAGGUCUACCCAUGGCACCACAGAACAAACAUUAGAUGGACCUAAACAUACCUCAAAAUGUGUUUGUAUCCUGCCAGUCCCCCAGAAGGACUUGCAGGACUGCUUAAAGACAGGAAAGUCAUACGGGGAAGUAACUCUGCAGGCACCAAUGCCAAAGAGGUCCCUGCUAGGUUGCUAGUUCAGGGUGAUUGUGCAUAGGGUUUAGCAUUCACCACCAUUAUGGCCGCCAAGGCAAAAGGGCGACCCGAACCAUGAACAUUCUUAACAUCUAGCUAAAGGAAACGUACCAGGACCUCAAGACACAAACUCAAAUGUCAACUCGUUUUUCUUUAAUAUAUAAAUAUUUUUGGAUUUUAUUUAAGCGGUCUAACUACAACACAAAAAGCCUGCGCUAGAGAAUAAGAGUGACUGGAGCAAAGGAUGUGAACUUCCUAACAGUGCUCAAUGCGUAUUGUAAAACUGCUUUCUAAGAGGGUUCUUGCAAUAAUUUUUUAAAAGACUUCUUACGGGACUUUAUAUACAAGGAAUGAUCAAACGAACAGCAUACCAGUAACCCUCGUGCGGCAAAUGCAGUAUUUGUGCCAAUUCCUAAGCUUUGGUUUUCUCUUCCUGGUCGCUGGAUAGUAAUAUUUGCCUCCUAAGUUUCUUGUGAGCAAUUAACAGGCAAUGCAUGUACUAAGUAGUACAUGUCUGAAACACAUAAGGGCCACUCAGAAAGUGGUACCUAUAAUAAUAAGUGAUUAUUAUUACUAUUAUAACAGAACUACAAUAAUAAUUAUUAUCCAGAUUCUUACCAGGUAGAAUAGGAUUGGUUGCUGUAUCACACUCUAUUAGGAUAAGUUAACUAUGCUGUGAUAACAAACAACUCCCAAAUCUCAGUGGCUUAAAACAACAAAGGUUUGUAUCUCACGCAGGCUACAUGUGCAUCCUGGUCAAAAGGAGACUCUUCUCAUUUUAGUUAUUCAGGAACCCAGGCUGACAGAGUGGCCUCCAUAGCAAAUGCUGUCAAUCAUCAUGCUAGAAGGAAAAAAAAAAGAGCCCUGGAGCUCAGACGGUCACAGAGGGUCACUACAGCCUGGAGGGACACCUGUCCUUGUCUCAUCUGUUCACAACUCAUUCUCUUCUGUGAACUGAUAACAUGGCCCCACUCAGUCACAAGGAGGUAGGAAAGAGACAUCUUAUCUUGGCCUAGAAGUGGAACUGGAAAUAUUUGAUUAACAGCACUAAUAUCUACCAUAAGCACAAAAGAAGACAGUCUAGAAUCUGGGGCCUAUUGGUAGUCACCCAUUCUCCCACUGCAUGCUCUUCCAGGUUUUCUAAGUUCUCGCCUAUUUUGAAGUCAGAGCCCCAGAAGGCCAAGACUGUGGGCCUAGAAGCUCAGCAGCUUCAGCCUUUGUCAAAAGACCAUAUGAGAAGUGGUCACAGGAGUUGUUUUCCAUUUGUUCUGGAAAGUUCUGGUUCCUCAACUAUAGUAUUGCCUGACAACUAAUUCUUACAACUACUCUCCAUACUGCUGUAACAAUUUUUUUAAUGGAGAAUUUCAAACAUACACACAAAUAGAAUAGUAUCACGAAUCCCCCAUCAUCCAGUUUGACCGUUUCACAAUUCUGCCCUUCUUGUUUCAUGAAUUCCUGCUUGUGUUUUCUUUUGCUGGGGGUAUUUUAAAGCAAAUCCCAGACAGUCUAUCAUUUCACUCGUAAAUACUCAGUACUAUUUCUAACACACAGUGACUUAAAAAUAACCACAAUUCCAUGAUCAUACUCUGCUGACUAAAUUAAUGUCAUCUAAUAUUUAGUUCAUGAUCAAUUUCUCCUGCAUAUCUAAAAAUAUAUAAUAUUAUAGUUGAUUUGUUCAAACCAGGACUCAGCUAAGGUCUACUCACUGCAUUUAAUUAAUUUUUUGGAGUUACUUUUUAAAGCAUCUUUUAAGCUGUGCUUCAUCCUUCUUCCUCUUAUCUAUGCCAUUUUGUUUGUUUGUUGAAGAAACUGGGUCAUUCUCCUGUCAAGCUUCCCAUAUUCUGGAUUUGGUUGAGUGCAUCCUUGCAGUGUCAUUUAACAUGUUCCGCUGUCCCCUGUAAAUUACAUUUAUAUUUUUAUUUAAUUUGAUUUAAUGUUCAGUUUGAUUAAAUGGCCAUUCACUUUUUCCAGGAAUAUUUUAUGAGUGAUACCAUAUACUCUUUUUAUCACAUCAGGAGGUAUGUGGUGUCUGGCUGUUGUAUUAAAAUAGUGAUGCUAAGGUUGAGCAGUAAAUUCACAUAGUGUCAGUCUGAUCCAUUCAAAGCUCAUUUCAUUAGUUUCAUAUUAGCUGCUGUAACAAAUCACCACAAACUUGAUGGCUUGAGACAACAGAAGUUUAUUCUUUUACAUUCUGGAGGCCAAAAGCCCAAACUCAAAAUGCUGGCAUUUCCUCUGGUGACUCUGAGAAUCCUUUCCUGCCCCUUCUAUCUAGUGGUAGCCAGUGGCAUCCCUUGGCUUUCUGUCUUCAAUCUCUGUCUCUGUGGUCACAUUGCCUCUUCCUCUUCACGUGCCUGUGUCUUCUCUACUGUCUCUCAUAAGGACACUUGUCACUGGAUUUAUCCCACCUGGCUAAUCCAGGAUAAUCUCAUCUCAAAACCAUUAACUGUGUUUAAGGAAUGAAUUCAUGUAAUAAAUUGUAUCUGCAAAGACCAUUUAUCCAGACAAGUUAACAUUCACAGGUUUCAGGGACUAGGAUAAGGACAUAACUUUUUGUGCCUACAAGUCAACCCACUACACCCAUCAGUUUUUUACCUACUGGCUGCUGACAGUCAUUGUCUAGAUCCAGUAUUACAUUAGGAGUGCAAAAUGGAGAUGUUCUAAUUUCAUCAUUGCUCUUUCAUUUACUAGCUGGGAAUCAUCUAUAAAGAAAAAUUUCCCUCAAUUAUUUUAUUACUCUAACAUAUAAUCCACUUGGGAAAGGUAGGCUUAAUGCCUGAUUCUCUUCCAUUUGUCUUAGAUAGAUGCAACGGACUAAAUGUUUGCAUCCCCCCGACCCCCCCAGCCUCCCACCCCACCUCAAAUUCAUAUGUUAAAAGUCUACU